GGAGGGAAGGCUCCGACGUCUCCUUCCUUCCUGGUUCCUGCAGCAGCUGCUGCCACUGCUCAGCUCUGUGAAGAGGUAGCUGGCGACUCGGGGACAGUGACUCAGAGGCGGAUCAGUGUACGGACCAAGAGGACCAAGAAGCAAGGGCGUCCAUGGACUCUAGGGGAUUUCCCAGGACAAGGUGACACCCUUCCCUUGCCCCCCUGCUCUGCCCUCCUCACUAGGGAGUACCCUCUCCUUCCUCAUGGACUUCCAGGAAAGAGACACUCCCUCCCUGACUGAGAGCACUCAAUCGUCAAAGCCCAGCAGCACCCAGCAGGCCUCCGAGCUGUGGGAGGUGGUAGAGGAUCCUCGGGGCAGACUGGGGGCAGAGGACAUCAUGCCUGAGAGACAGGAAGGACACCUGCUGAAGAAGAGGAAGUGGCCUCUUAAGGGCUGGCACAAGAGGUACUUUGUGCUUGAGGAUGGGAUCCUCCACUAUGCCACAACACGACAAGACAUUGCCAAGGGGAAGCUCCAUGGCUCCAUUGAUGUCCGGCUGUCUGUCAUGUCCAUCAACAAAAAGGCCCAGCGCAUUGACCUUGACACAGAAGACAACAUCUACCACCUAAAGAUCAAAUCCCAGGACCUGUUCCAAAGCUGGGUGGCCCAGCUCCGAGCCCAUCGCUUGGCCCAGCGCCUGGACAUGCCCGGUGCCACUCAUCGGAAGGUUCCUGGUACCCAGAUGCUAACAGCAGGUAGUGCCUCCGCCUUACCUGGGGUUGGCCCUCGAGAGAAAGUGUCAUCCUGGCUGAGGGACAGUGAUGGGCUAGACCGCUGCUCUCAUGCGCUCUCAGAAUGCCAGGGUAAGCUCCAGGAAUUACACAGACUCCUUCAGAGCCUGGAGUCCCUACACCGAAUCCCCUCCGCCCCUGUGAUCCCCACACACCAGGCCUCGGUGACAACUGAGAGACCCAAGAAGGGAAAACGGACGAGUCGCAUGUGGUGCACACAGGGCUUUGCCAAAGAUGACACCAUUGGACGGGUUGGUCGUCUCCAUGGCUCUGUUCCCAACCUGUCUCGGUACCUGGAGUCUCGGGACUCUUCCGGCCACCGUGGGCUGCCACCUCCAGACUAUGCCCACCUGCAGCGCAGUUUCUGGGCCCUGGCCCAAAAGGUGCACAACUCCCUUAGCAGCGUCCUGGUUGCCCUCACCACAGAACGGGAUCGACUGAGAGACCUGCAUCAGGGCUCAGAGCUGUCACAGAUGGCGGUCUCUGAGGCCCCAGAUGGUCAUAGACGCCUCCACUCACUCUCCAUCUCCUCAGACACCACGGCAGACUCCUUCAGUUCCCUCAACCCGGAGGAGCAAGAAGCUCUGUACAUGAAAGGCCGAGAGCUGACCCCCCAGCUCUCCCAAAGCAGUGUGCUGUCCCUCGCUGACUCCCACACGGAGUUCUUUGAUGCCUGCGAGGUUCUCCUUUCCGCCAGCUCUUCCGAGAACGAGGGUUCUGAGGAGGAGGAGUCGUGCGCUAGUGAGAUCACCACCAGCCUGUCUGAGGAGGUGCUGGACCUCAGGGGAGCCGACCGCUGUCAGAAAGGGCCUGCUGUAGGGCCCCCUCGCCGCCGCUGCCUGCCAGCUGCCAGUGGGCCUGGAACAGAUGUGAGCCUGUGGAACAUCCUCCGCAACAACAUCGGCAAAGACCUGUCCAAGGUGUCGAUGCCUGUGCAACUCAACGAGCCGCUCAACACACUGCAGAGACUCUGCGAGGAGCUGGAGUAUAGCAACCUCCUGGACCAGGCCAGCCGCAUGACCGACCCCUGCGAGCGCAUGGUACCCACCCAGAGUCACCCGUUCCUCCCUGGGGUUCUGUCUGUCUUCCCAAAUCCUGCCAGGGUGUACAUUGCCGCCUUUGCUGUCUCUGCCUACUCCUCCACGUACCACCGGGCAGGAUGCAAGCCCUUUAACCCCGUCCUGGGAGAGACCUACGAGUGUGAGCGGCCUGACCGGGGUUUCCGUUUUAUCAGUGAGCAGGUCUCCCAUCAUCCCCCGAUCUCCGCAUGUCAUGCAGAAUCGGAGAACUUCAUCUUCUGGCAAGACAUGAAGUGGAAGAACAAGUUCUGGGGCAAAUCCCUGGAGAUUGUGCCUGUGGGGACCGUCAACGUCAGCCUGCCCAGGUUUGGGGACCACUUUGAGUGGAACAAGGUGACGUCCUGUAUCCACAACAUCCUCAGUGGCCAGCGCUGGAUCGAGCACUAUGGAGAGGUGCUUAUCCGAAACACACAGGAUAACUCCUGCCAUUGCAAGAUCACCUUCUGCAAGGCCAAGUACUGGAGCUCCAACAUCCACGAGGUGCAAGGCGCCGUACUUAGCCGCAGUGGGCGCGUCCUCCACCGCCUCUUCGGGAAAUGGCAUGAGGGGCUGUACCGCGGCCUCCCACCGGGUGGGCAGUGCCUUUGGAAACCCAAUUCAAUGCCCCCAGACCAUGAGCGAAACUUCGGCUUCACUCAGUUUGCCUUGGAGCUGAAUGAGCUGACCGCAGAGCUGAAACGGACCCUGCCUUCCACUGACACACGGCUCCGGCCUGACCAGAGGUACCUGGAGGAGGGGAACAUACAGGCAGCGGAGGCCCAGAAGAGGAGGAUAGAGCAGCUCCAGCGAGACCGGAGGAGAGUGAUGGAGGAGAACAACAUAGUGCACCAGGCACGCUUCUUCAGGCGGCAGACAGAUAGCAGCGGCAAGGAGUGGUGGGUGACCAACCAUACAUACUGGAGGCUGCGUGCUGAGCCAGGCUAUGGGAACCUGGAUGGUGCCGUGCUUUGGUAGCCCUGGCCUCGGGGCAGGAGACUCUGGGUCCUCACUCCUGCCCCUCUUCCUACCAUGGACAUAUGGGUGAGCUCAGGUUCACUCUCACUGCCCUUGAGGGCAGAGGGGCAGCCAAGCCUCCAGCCCUUUCCCCCUCUGCUGGCCAGAGGGGCUGUAUCUCAGCGCUCUCCCGCUCCACCAUCGGGGUGGAAGUGGAAUCUGGGCUUCCCAGUCUUGUUACCCCAGCAGCUGGCAUGUCAAACCCUUCUCGCUCAGCCAUCCUCCUCUUCUGGGCGUGUUUUGGGGAGAUGCCAGGUUCCCCAGAUUUGCUCCCCAUUUCAGUGCCUUCCUAGGACACAGGGGGCCCCCUUGAUGCUACCCAGACUUUUCUGUGCCCAGGGCGCUGGCCGUGCUGCGAGGUUGGAAUGGGUGGAGGAGAGGAGAUGCCCUUGUCCCAUCUGUUGUCUUUGCAGCCUCUUCGCUCUGCCCCCCACCCAUCCCUUGUCCUGCAUCCCCUUCUCCCAAACUGCAAGGCAUCUGCCGCUUCCAGCUCCUCCACCCCAGGGGCCACCAGUGGUCCCUUCAGGCUUGGCUUAGCAGAUGCCCCAAGAGGUGGAUGAGCCUUCUCCAAGAGGUGUGGAGCAGGCUGAGUUGCCUGGCCUCAGACUCACCCAGGAGGGAGUGAGCCAGUGUGAGUGUAAGUUUGUGUAGGAGUGUGUGUGUGUGUGUGUGUGUGUGUGUAUGCGCGCCGUGUCCUGCUUGCCGGCGAGCAGGAGUCCUAAUGUAGCCAGGACACCCCCGCUGCUGGUGUCUGUCACCGCUGCUGCUCAUUCUCAGUUUGCCUGAGUCAGGUGAAUUGCUAUAACAUUCCAAGCUCCAAUAAAGAUUGUCCUAGA